UCACAGCCCAAUACAGUCCCGGGAUUGAGGCACACACACACACACAAUGAAAGAAAGGAAAUAAAGAUCUUUAGAGUUAAAGAGGUGCCGUUACAAAGACUGAAUCCCAAACAUCAUCAGCUGAUCUGGUCGGCGCUGCCAAACAAACACAAGACCAACAUGGCUCAGAGAAGAUCAGCUCAGUUCAUCCGGGAGAUGAUCACCAGGCCGUGGAACACCAUGAGUGUGUUCCAGCAGGACAACCACCUCUCCCGGGUGCCGGACCACUACAAGAAGUUCUUCUGGGAGUGGAAGUGUGUGAAGCCCAAGCCCGUCCACUACGUCCCCACGCCCGGCAAGUUUGAGCAGCUGCCCAACGGUGACAUACUGCCAGUGCAGAACAUUCCUCUGCCACUGAAGCAGCCCAAGGAGCUGCACCAGGGCAUCUGGGGUGGUGAGGCAGUCAUCAAGGGCUUCCAGAAGAGAAAGCCGAACAGGCGACGGGUGCCCCACUACUGGGUGCCGGGUGUCAAGAAUUCAGUGGUGUACUCGGAGAUCCUGGACCGCCACAUGACACUGACAGUCACCGAGAGGACGCUGAAACUCAUCGACGACCACUACGGUUUUGACAACUACAUCCUGGAGACACCUCCAGCAGACCUCAUGUCCCAGCUGGCACUCAAGAUCAGGAGGGAGAUGCUGCUGGCGCUGGUGAGGGGGACAGUGUACCCCAACAACCCUGCCAAAAAGGAGGAGAUUCUGCAGAAGUACGAGAAACAUAUUAUUCCGGAGGAGGAGGCAGAGUGGUACGGCCUGAACCUCCUGGAAGCGUCGAACAAACAGAAGCUGCUGGAGGAGAUUGCCAACCAGCCCCAGCCACUCAAGCACAGGUUCAGGGCAGAGUUUGUGGAGUACCUGAAGACCAUGAAGCAGCAGCAGCAGGAGGAGAAGGAAGCAGCUGCACAGGAGAAGCAGAGCUCACCUGGACUAGACCCAAGUCUGUCCCCAAGUAGCUGGCUGUCCAAAGUGAAUCCUUUUGCCAAGAAGCAGGAUGAGUGAAAGAGAGGGAGAUGUUGAAGAUUACGAAGGAGAACGGAAAAGAACAAAAAGGAAGGGAAAGGUGUCGAAGAUUUGGCAAGAAAAGGAACAAGGAAAGUGUUUAUUGAGAUUGAGAAGGAAACAGGGAAAGGAGAAGGAAGGAAGAAAGACAGAAAGAAGAAAAAAAGAGAAAAGUAUUGAAGACUAGGGAGGAAAGCAGAAGAAGAAAGAAGGAAAAAUGCUGAAUGUUAGAAAGAAAAUGGAAAAGGAAAACAAGAAGGAAUAUUGAAGACUAUGAAGGAAAAAACAAAAGAAAAACUGAAAACUAUCGAAGAUUAGAAAGAAAAAAAAAGAAAAAAGUAUGAAAAUGAAAGAAAAGAGAAUGGUAGACGUGUUUUGUGUUUUGUACAGAUAAGUUAUAAGUAAAAUGUGUAAUUAAAGAGAGAGGUAUAU